AUGAGGUUGCCGUGGCCGUGGAGGCGGAGGCCGGCGCGGCAGCACGGUGAGGUGCCGGUGGCGGUGGGCACCCACCUCCACGUCGCGGCCGGUGACGAUGACGACGACGACGGCGCCGAGUCCACGGCGUCGUCGGAGCACAGCCACCUCACGCUGCCGGUGGAGGAGCCGGUACACGUCUACGAUGAGGCCGAUUCCGGGGACGGCGUCCACGCUCACUACGAGGUGGCCGGGUCCGUUGCUGAUGGAAAAGAAUACCAUUUUGACUUUUUUAUUCGCCCCUCGCCGCCGCCGGCCGUGCUCCGGCGAGCCUUCCGCUCGGAAGCCGCCCUCGAGGCCAUCCGCUCGCACUCGCACUCGCACUCAGCCCCAUCGAAGACCGCCUCACCCCCUUCCGACGCGGACACGGACGACGGCCAGGCGGGCCCCGCCAGCCUCGCGCUCUACAACUACCCCACCUUCGCUGGCGCCUACGCCGCGCUCGCCGCCCGCCUCUUCCACCAACGCGUCCGCCGCCGCCUCCUCGUCCUCCCCUUCUCCUCCGUCGUGCCAUUCAGAGCUGAAGACUUCAAGGAUGUGGGGUUCCAGACGUGCUAUCUCUUGGACUUCAUUGGGCCCAAGAAGUUUGCUUUCGAGCUCGCCCGAUUCGUCCCCAGUGUGAUAGCAUUUGAUCACCGGCAAAGUACGCUAGCAAGAAUCCCCAAGUUGGGUCAGUGCCCAAGCAAUGUGGAGCUUCAUAUUGACAUGUCAAAAGGCAGUGCCCGAUCUGUAUUUGAUUAUUUCUCCAAGGAGCUAGCAGGAACAAAAUCUGAUUCUAGAACGUGUGAAAACUUGUUGGACCAAGAAGAUGCGGAGCGAGUUUCAAAUGUUCUUGAAUACAUAGAGGAUGCAGACUUGCGACGGUAUCAGCUGCCUAACACCAAGGAAUUUCAGACAGCACUUAGGGAUGAACAGCAAAAGUUGAACUGUGUCACAUAUCCUCAUGUUUUUGGACAGCUACUACAACUUGAUGUUGGCGAUCUGCUUGCUAGGGAGAAAUCGCAAGCUCAUGACCGCCUGCAGGCUGCAGGGGAGUUCAUACAGAAGCCUUUCAGGAUUCAGCUUGGAAGAGGGUCGUAUGGUGAAUGCUUGGCAAUCAGAGCAGAUGGACACACAGAAUUGAGCCAUGAAAUUGGUUUGGAGUUAAGUCAGAGGAGUGCUGCUGCUGGAUUAAGGCCAAUUGGAGCAGUGGUCUUCAUGCAACGGGGUGUCCUAAAGGUUUGCUUGAGGACUACUGACAGUACAAUUAAUACAUCAGAGAUUGCAAAGGCAUAUGGUGGAGGUGGAAAACAAAGUUCUAGUUCAUUCACUCUAAGAAUGGAUGAGUUCAACAUCUGGACUUCAGUGAACUCAUGA